GCACAACUUUAACUAGUCUCAGACUUUCUGUCAUGAUUUAUCUGCCACUGCUUGCUUUUGUGUCGCUGUGGUCCUCCACUACGGGACUCAAACGGUCUCCAGCCGUCACCCACACACCUCGGCCCAUGAAGAGGCCUGUUUCCCGGACAGAACGCACCGGUCUGCCGCCGCCGUACCUCCACCUGCCCGUGCAUGUGCAGUCGCGGGUGCCGCUGGUGGAGAAGGAGCGGUUCCGUCCGUCCGUAGGAACCGGACUGGAGCCGGUUCCGGAAGCGGUCCGGGACGUCCUAUUGCCGCAGAGUCCCGACCCCAGUCCUUCUCCUGAUCCGGACCCUUUUGUGCGGGUAGAGUGCAAACAGAGAAAGAUGGUGGUGGAGGUGCAGAGGAGGGCUUUAGGGGGUGGAGAGCCGCGGGCCAUGCUCAGACUGGGGUCAUGCCAGGUCACCAACUUCACCAAGCAUCACCUUUACUUUGACUAUGAUCUGGACCAAUGUGGAACCGAACAAACGAUAAUAGACAACCAUGUGGCCUAUGUAAACACACUCUACUAUAACCCAGUGAGGACUGAAGGCCCCAUCAGGAGAGCUGCCCCCUUCUCCCUGCCUGUUUCCUGUUAUUAUAAUCGAUAUCACUACUCCUACAAAAUCGGCUAUAAACCCAAGUUGCAGAUGCACCGGAUCUUCAAACAAAUGCGGCACAGAGUGAAAUUCAGCCUGACUCCACGGAAUGCUCAGUGGGAAAGACUCUCUCGAUCAGAUACCUACACACUGGGGAAGCCCAUGUACUUUCAGGCUGAGGCUCAGUUCGUGUCCCCGGAUGAACGUCUGUACGUCCACUCCUGCUAUGUGACGCCGGACCAGCGCCACACCUCCAUGCAUCAGUUUCCAGUUGUGAUGCACUUUGGGUGUAUGACUGAAAGUAGGGUCAGUCACUCCAGAUUCAUCCCAUAUAAAAACGAUGCUGUGAGAUUCACUGUGGACGCCUUCUUGUUUGAGGGACUUGCAGGAGAGCAGCUGUACAUGCACUGCACUAUGUCUGUGAGCAGCUCCACCCCCACACCUACAUCCAAGUCCUGCAACUACGACCAAAAGAAAGGAAGGUGGGUUGAGCUGUAUGGAUUGGACUCUGUAUGUUCCUGCUGUGACUCAAACUGCAGCUCUGACGCCUCCACAGUAACUAACAUGAUUAGCAGCAGAGCAUGGAAAGUCAAGUCUAAAGUGAAACCCACCACAACCCAGAAGAGGAAGACUGUCUCCACCACCACCACAACAACAAAAACUACAACAAUAAGCAGACAGCUGAAUAAGAGGACAACCACCUUACGACCUGAGACAAAAGUGACAACUUUAAAGGUAAAGGUGGAGGAACCUGGGAACGUCUUGGAGUGGCCGUUCGGUGGCAAUGGAGUGACCUGGGUGGAGGCAGAAGGUGAGGAGAGGCAAGUGAAAGGCUCUGCUGUGGUAGAGGAGGAGGAGGAGGAGGAGUUGGCAAAACCUCGAUUGGUAUUUGAAGACAUCUUUAAUUUCGACAAAUAAAACUCCUGAAGAACUAAAUGGAAUAA